AUGGAAGCUGGAAACAGUGAGAAGGUUGAGUCGCACGUUCUCGAGAUCAAUCUCAUAUCGGCGCAAGGACUCAAAGAACCGACGGGAAAGCUCCGGCGAUUGCAGACUUACGCAUCUGUCUGGGUUGACUCCUCCAGCAAGCUCCGGACUCGGAUUGAUCGGAUCGGCGCUGAGAAUCCGAUUUGGAACGACAAAUUCGUUUUCCAGGUUUCUUCGGAUUUCCUCUCUAGCGAAACUUCUGGCGUUUCUAUCGAGAUUUAUGCUGUUGGUUACUUGCGGGAUCAUCUGAUCGGAACCGUACGCUUCCUCGUGAGUAACUUCCUCCCAACCGCCGCCGUGAAAGUUCCCUCUCUCGUCGCGCUUCAGAUCCGUCGCCCUUCUGGAAAGUUUCACGGCGUUCUUAACAUCGCGGCCAUGGUGAUUGACGCUUCCGAACUUCCGGCUGAUUUCUUCAAGUCCGUUCAAGAGAAAUUGGCAGAGAGUCGUCGGAGUCGAAGAAUGAGAAAGUCGAGAUCUGCGGUCAGUUCGUCGGAGAACGGCCUUGCUGAUGACGCCGGGAGUUCGAAAGAGAAUUCGGUAUGCGGAUCGGUAAAUUUCUCCGACGACGGUACGGACUCGACGGCGUCUUCUCCCAUGCCGUCUCCUCUCAGAGACUGGAACGCAGUUCGAGAUUUGGCGGGAAAGAAUCACGUGAGAUCGUCAUCGGACGGUGGAGGAUUGAUGUGCUGUUUCUUGAUGAAAUCCUCCGGUGUGUUACCAGGAAGAAAGAUUAACGGCUGA